UGCAUAGCUCUCCCUCUUUCUGUAUUAACCAAACUCCUCGCUCACUCCAACUGGAAUGCUCCGAGUUCGAUCCCAGUUUCCAACUCUCUCCCGCUUUCGCUUGCAUCACAAACAAAGAAAAAUCUUCACGCACUCACUUCCAAAUCUAAGUAACGUUGCUCAUUUCGUUACUUUUUUUUGUUGUUUGGCUUCUCUGAAUCUUCUUUUUGAUCUCCCUUUUUCUAGCUUUUAAACCAUAUAUUUCGAGAAUAUAAUCAAAUUCCUGUUCUAAACUACAGCUAUAUACCACCUUAAUCUUUUGUUUUAGCUUUUUCUUUGAGUUCUAGCCCUCCUGUUUAUCCUCUGCUCAUGGAACCUCCUGAUGAUCCUGUUAAUCCGAUCCGAUUCGCGUGUCGGUCUGACAGUUUAGAACAGUACUUUAAUUUGUCUAAUGGAAAGUUUAGUGUCAACGGUGUUCCGUUGCUCACUGAAGUUCCAAGCAAUGUCACUUUUAAUCACUUCCACUCAAUCUUCCAGUCUUCUGAUGCUCCACUUCCUGUGCUCCAACGCGUUCGCGCCUUGUCCCACAAGGGCGGGUUCCUUGGAUUCAGGAAGGAGGAGCCUUCGGAUAGGUUGAUGAACUCCUUAGGUAAAUUUAGCAACAGGGAUUUCCUUAGCAUCUUUAGGUUCAAGACAUGGUGGUCCACCAUGUUUGUGGGAAGUUCAGGGUCAAAUCUGCAAAUGGAAACCCAAUGGGUGCUCUUUGAUGUCCCGGAAAUUAAGUCCUAUGUUAUAAUCUUGCCUGUUAUCGAAGGCAACUUUAGGUCUGCUCUUCAUCCUGGCACUGAUGAUCAUGUCAUGAUCUGUGCUGAGAGUGGUUCUACCCAAGUGAAAGCAUCGAAUUUCGAUGCCAUCGCUUAUGUCCAUGUUUCGGACAAUCCCUACAACUUGAUGAAAGAAGCAUAUAGUGCUCUUAGGGUCCAUCUUAAUACCUUUCGGCUGUUGGAAGAGAAGACGGUCCCCAAUCUGGUUGACAAGUUUGGUUGGUGCACUUGGGAUGCCUUCUACUUAACUGUAGAGCCUGUUGGUGUCUGGCAUGGUGUCAACGAAUUUGUCGAAGGUGGUGUAUCCCCUAGGUUUCUCAUCAUUGAUGAUGGCUGGCAAAGCAUCAAUUUGGAUGAUGAGGAUGUGAAUGAGGAUGCGAAAAAUCUAGUACUUGGCGGGACUCAAAUGACUGCCAGGCUUUACAGGUUUGACGAGUGCAAGAAGUUCAGGGAGUACAGGGGCGGUUCGAUGUUGGCGCCGGAUGCUCCUUCGUUUGAUCCCAAAAAGCCAAAGUUGUUGAUAGCCAAGGCAAUUGAAAUAGAACACGCUGAGAAGAAUCGUGACAUGGCCAUUCGAUCUGGAGCCACUGACUUGUCCGAUUUUGAAACAAAAAUUCAGAAGCUGAAGCAAGAGUUGAAUGAGAUCCUUGGCAAGGAAGAAAGCACUGCUUCUAAUGAAGGCUGCGGAAGCUGUUCUUGCAGCGCCAAUAACUACGGAAUGAAGGCUUUCACGAAGGAUUUGAGAACCAAAUUUAAAGGCUUGGACGAUAUAUACGUAUGGCAUGCUCUCUGUGGUGCCUGGGGUGGUGUUAGGCCAGGUUCAACACAUCUUAAAUCAAAGAUCACUCCAUGUAAAGUCUCUCCGGGACUUGAUGGUACCAUGACUGACCUUGCUGUGGUGAAAAUCGUUGAGGGCGGAAUUGGACUUGUUCAUCCUGAUCAAGCUGAUAAUUUGUAUGACGCGAUGCACUCCUACCUUUCCAAAGUUGGCAUCACAGGAGUUAAAGUGGAUGUUAUUCAAACUCUCGAGUAUGUAUCUGAGGAGUAUGGAGGCCGCGUGGAGCUUGCGAAGGCGUAUUACAAGGGGUUGUCUCGCUCUCUUCAGAACAACUUCAAAGGGAAUGGACUAAUUGCUAGCAUGCAGCAGUGCAACGAUUUCUUCUUCCUAGGGACAAAGCAAAUCUCUUUUGGAAGAGUUGGUGAUGAUUUUUGGUUCCAAGAUCCGAAUGGAGAUCCGAUGGGAGUUUAUUGGUUACAAGGUGUUCAUAUGAUCCAUUGUGCCUACAACAGCAUGUGGAUGGGUCAGAUCAUACAUCCCGAUUGGGAUAUGUUCCAAUCAGACCAUCUGUGUGCCAAAUUUCAUGCAGGAUCUAGAGCUAUCUGUGGAGGUCCGGUGUAUGUAAGUGACUCAGUUUCCGGCCAUGAUUUUGAUCUCAUUAAGAAGCUUGUUUACCCGGAUGGUACCAUUCCCAAGUGCCAGCAUUUUGCCCUCCCCACUAGGGACUGCCUCUUCAAAAACCCUUUAUUUGACAACAAAACUGUUCUUAAAAUUUGGAACUUCAACAAGCAUGGUGGUGUGAUUGGAGCUUUCAACUGCCAAGGGGCUGGUUGGGACCCCAAAGAGCAAAGGAUCCGAGGAUACUCAGAGUGCUAUAACCUGAAAUCUUGUUCACUGCAUGUUUCCGAAAUUGAAUGGGACCAAAAGAUAGAAGCAGCACAUAUGGGCAAGGCUGAAGGGUACGUAGUCUAUCUCAACCAGGCUGAUGAACUCCGCCUAAUGACCCCAAAAUCUGAUGCAAUUCAAGUUAUCAUCCAGCCAUCUUCGUUCGAGCUUUUCAGCUUCGUGCCAAUUAAAAAGCUCGGACGCAACAUCAAAUUCGCACCAAUUGGACUUACAAACAUGUUCAACAGUGGAGGUGCCCUCCAAGAGUUGGAGUACAAGACUAGUGCAGCUGAGGUUAGUGCCAUGGUGAAGGUGAAGGUCAAAGGUGGAGGCAAUUUCUUGGCCUACUCAAGUGAGUCUCCAAAGAAAUGUUAUUUGAAUGGUGCUGAAGUGGCUUUCGAGUGGUCGGCCGAGGGUAAACUGGCUCUGAACCUUGCUUGGGUUGAAGAAGCUGCUGGCAUUUCUGAAGUGGUUUUUGCUUUUUGAUAAUUAAUUAGAUUCUAAUUAACUUUGCUUAGGGUCUAAGAGUGUGACCAAUUUGUAUAAGAAGCAAUGUAUUUAUUUAGUCUUGUAUUUUCUGUACUUAAUCCAAACUUCGUAAAGAUUUUAUUACUGAUUUAAACUU